CCCUCUCUUUCUCUCCCUCCCUCCCUCCUUAAUUCAGGAUCCACAUCGUUCCGUGCGGUUGGGCCGGCACGUUCGCUGACGCUCUCCUGCUUUUGCACGCCCCCCCCCUUCUUCCUCCUCGCGUGCCGUGAAAGGGGGAGUUCUGUCACGGAGUACCCAGCUCAUCCAAGCACCAGCGAGGAAGGCGCCUUUUUUUUUGGGGGGGGGGUGGUCGGACAGUCAGCGUGCGCCUGCUGGGGUAGACUGUGGAGUCUGGGAGGGGGGGUGGUCGGCGGUGCGCGCGUGUGUGCAUGUGGCGGGGUGGAGGAGGGACGCACUGGUAGGGAAUGAUGGUUUUCCCGGCACUGUGUUUUCUGAUGCUCCGCUGGCUGUUGGUCUCCCCGACGCAGCCCCACCUUCCCUGAUCAUGAGCCUGGCUGUGCGCGUCUCCUGCUCUAUGCUAAACUGCUUUGGUGAGGAGGGACCCCCCAGCCUGGAGUAUAUUCAGGCGAAGGACCUUUUCCCCCAGAAGGAGCUGGUGAAGGAAGACGAGAGUCUGCAGGUGCCAUUUCCAGUUCUUCAGGGGGAAGGGGUGGAGUAUCUCGGCCGUGCUGAUGAUGCCAUCAUCGCCAUGUCUAACUACAGGCUUCACAUUAAGUUCAAGGACUCCAUUAUCAAUGUUCCUCUCCGGCUGAUCGAGAGCGUGGAGAGCAGGGACAUGUUCCAGCUGCACAUCAUCUGCAAGGACUCCAAAGUGGUCAGGUGCCACUUCUCCACCUUUAAGCAGUGCCAGGAGUGGCUGAAGAGGCUGAACAGGGCCAUUGCGCACCCGUCCCGCCUGGAGGACCUGUUUGCCCUGGCUUACCACGCCUGGUGCCUGGGGGGCAGCGCGGACGACGAGGACCAGCACGUACACCUGUGUCGUCCAGGCGAUCACGUGAGACAGAGGCUGGAAAUGGAGGUGCUGAGAAUGGGCUACGACAUGCAGAACGCUUGGAGAGUGUCUGACAUCAACAGCAACUACAAGCUGUGCUCCAGCUACCCUCAGAAGCUGCUGGUCCCAGUUUGGAUCACAGACAAAGAGCUUGAGAGCGUGGCGUCCUUCAGGUCCUGGAAGAGGAUCCCAGUGGUGGUCUACAGGCACCAGCGCAACGGCGCGGUGAUCGCGCGCUGCAGCCAGCCGGAGAUCAGCUGGUGGGGCUGGAGGAACAAGGAGGACGAGUACCUGGUCACCUCCAUCGCCAAGGCCUGCCUGCUGGACCCGGGCACCCGCUCCACCUGCAGGCCCCGCACGGAGGGAGCCGACAACUCCGACAGCGACUUCGACUCCUCUCUGACUGCCUGUCCCAGUCUGGAUGGCAGCGCCACGCCGCAGAAGCUGCUGAUCCUGGACGCCCGCUCCUACACCGCCGCCGUGGCCAACCGAGCCAAGGGAGGCGGCUGCGAGUGCGAAGAAUACUACCCCAACUGCGAGGUGAUGUUCAUGGGCAUGGCCAACAUCCACUCCAUCAGGAACAGCUUCCAAUCUCUGCGUGCCGUUUGCAGCCAGAUCCCGGACCCUGGCAACUGGCUGUCUGCUCUGGAGAGCACCCGUUGGCUCCAGCACCUGUCCGUCAUGCUGAAGGCAGCCACCCUGGUGUGUUCAGCAGUGGAGAGGGAGGGCCGGCCUGUGCUGGUGCACUGCUCGGACGGCUGGGACCGCACCCCACAGAUAGUGGCCCUGGCCAAAAUCCUGCUGGACCCCUACUACAGGACACUGGAGGGCUUUCAGGUGCUGGUGGAGACGGAGUGGCUGGACUACGGGCACAAGUUCGGGGACCGCUGCGGCCACCAGGAGAACGCGGACGACGUCAGCGAGCAGUGCCCCGUCUUCCUGCAGUGGCUGGACUGCGUGCACCAGCUGCUCAAGCAGUUCCCCUGCCUCUUUGAGUUCAACGAGGCAUUCCUGGUGAAACUGGUGCAGCACACCUACUCCUGUCUGUACGGCACCUUCCUGUGCAACAACGCCAGGGAGAGGGAGGCCCGCAACAUCUACAAGCGCACCUGCUCCGUCUGGUCCCUGCUUCGCACCGGCAACAAGAACUUCCAGAACUUUCUCUACAUCCCCAGUCACGACAUGGUCCUGCAGCCCGUGUGCCACACGCGGGCCCUGCAGCUGUGGACGGCCGUGUACCUGCCCACCUCCUCCCCCUGCACUGCUGCCGAGGACGCUGUGGAGCUCUACCUGUCCCCCUCCACUCAGGGGGAGGAGCUCACCUCCCGCUCGCUCGAUAGGCUUCCCAAGACGCGCUCGAUGGACAACCUGGUCUCUGCUUGUGAGAACGGCGUACCGCUGACUCGCACCUCCAGUGACCCCAACCUCAACAAGCACUGCCAAGAGGGCCGGCCCGCGCUCGAGCCCGUGUCUGCCGUGGGAGGGGCCGUGGCCGAGGCCGACAGCCCCGAGGAGGCCACGGUGGACACGGAAGGGGAGGGAGAGGGCCUGGAGGCGGAGACUGGCCUCCAGGAUCCACCCACAGUUUCUGAGGAGAACGGGCAGGACAGUGAGGACUAUAUUGCCCUUAAGGAGCCCUGUCUCACCACACAGCCCCUGCCCUCUGUGCUCUCACCCCCUGCCCAGGAGGGGGAUGCCUACACCUUCCAACCCAUGCCCCUCCUCCCCCAGGCCCCGCCCCUCCUCAACGGCGCCCCACUCCCACUCCCGCCCCUGUCACAGGAAGUGGAGAGGGAGUCACGGACUGCUGACAGCCCCCCCUCACUUAGUGCAGACGCCCACAUGCUCCCCAAUGGCCACACCCCUCUGCUGGGCCCCACGGAGGGCCCCUCAGUGCCCGCAACGGCCAUGGAGCUCCUCCCCCCCGCCCCACUGAUGGACAACUCCAACAAGACACACGCGGUCCCCCAGCCGAGGGCAUCUCCGCCGCACUCCAAGGGCGCGAGCACGGAGGAGGAGCCCGAGGACGAGGAGGAAGAGGAGGAAGAGGAAGCCACAGCGGAGGCAGGGCACACGGGCCACGCCCACCCAGACGGCACCAGGACGACGCGGAGGCUGAUCUCCCAGAGCCAGCUGAGCGAGUUCACCCUGCUGGGCUCCCGCUGGGAGAGCCUGGGGCUGGUGCCGUCGUCCUGCGCCGCCGAGGCGGGGCUCUGCAGGGCCCUGCAGCCGGGAUACCAGAGCCGGCGGCUGGCGGGCAAGCUGCUCCGCGCCCAGGGCAUGGCGCCCAGCGGGGCACCGUGCUGCCGCAGGGAGGGCGCCCGCCCCGCCUGCAGCCCCGUCCACUCCAGCUGGCUGUCCGCCGUCCGGAGCUCCGGCUACGCCGCCCUCAGCUGCUCGUCCCGCCAGCUCCCGCCGCCGCUGUCGCCCCCGCCCCCGGCGCCGGCCCCCGCCUACCUGGACGACGACGGGCUGCCGGUGCCCAUGGACGCGGUGCAGCAGCGGCUGCGGCAGAUCGAGGCCGGAUACAAGCAGGAGGUGGAGGUGCUGCGCAGGCAGGUGCGGCAGCUGCAGAUGAGGCUGGAGAGCAAGCAGUACUGCACCCCGCCCUCCGAGCCCGACGUCGACUACGAGGACGACAUCACAUGCCUGCGGGAGUCGGACGACAGCGAUGAGGAGGACUCGCUGUCCGACCACAGCGAGGACCGCUUCUCUGAAGGCAGCUGGGACCGCGUGGAGCGGAAGGACACAGAGGUCAGCGUGCCUGAUUGCCUCCUCCAGGUCACCCGGUGGGUCCCCGAUCACAUGGCCUCCCACUGCUUCAGCUGCGACUGUGAGUUCUGGAUAGCCAAGCGACGCCACCACUGCAGGAACUGCGGCAACGUGUUCUGCAAGGACUGCUGCCACCUGAAGCUGCCCAUCCCCGACCAGCAGCUGUACGACCCCGUGCUGGUGUGCAACUCCUGCCACGACCUGCUCCUGGAGUCCAGGACGCGCGAGAUCAGGAGCCAGCAGCUGAAGAAGCCCAUCGCCACCGCCUCCAGCUGAGGGCCUGGCCCCGCCCCCUGCCCCCGCCCUUAACAAGGUGCCACUUCUUGACACACCACUUUCAACAGACGAGCCAAGCCCCACCCACCCUACCCCCACCCCGCCCCCCUGGUCUUGGCUGCGGGUGAGGACUCAGUGUUCUUGGAGCCAAAGCUUACGGAGGGCACUGUGAGCGACGCGGAGAGACAGAGAGAGAGAGAGAGAGAGAGAGAUUAUAGAGGGAGGAAAGAGAGGGUUUUGAGGGGUUGGGUCCCGUCGACGCAACGACCCCCCCCCUCCCCACAGCGACUGUGUUUCCAGCCUUAAGGCCGCAGCGUCCUGCUGCGAUGGCCGCCGGGCUGGGCCCGCCAUCGGGAGCCGUAGGUGAGCCCACCUCUGUCCAGCGCUCAUUUCAAAGCUAUGCACCAUGAGCUGUGCAUCCUGCGACACGCCACCCAGAGACAAUCUCUCAUCCACUGAAGUGUCGGGACUCCCGGGCCUUGGAUCAGUAUAACGGAGGCUUACUAUUUAAAAUGCUGCUACAGUAUUUGACAUUUAUUUUUCAUUUUUGUGCACUACAAGCUGUUGUAUAUUUGAGGGAAUUCGAGACCAAACAAGAGCAAAAGGGAGAAAUCUUCUGUGAACGCUGUUGUAUCUUCUUGUGGGCCUCAACUGGAGCCUGAAUGUAAUGUUCGAAAACGGAGAGAGACAGAAAAAAAAAAAAACUGAAAAGCUGACACGGUUUAUGUUUAUGUGCGUAGAUUGGUUGUGUACUUGUCUGUUCUUGCAGUGUAUUUUAAAUAUCACAGUUAUGCAGAUCUGUGUCUUUUCAACGCUAACCUGAAUAUAGCAUUGUCGUGAUGUUCUUCAGUUUGCGAUCGCGGUCAGGGCCGAGACUCUCCACCAGGUUUACCUGUUUCUUUUGGGAGAGAGAGAGACAACAUUUAGCAAAACAGCCUGUCAGAGAAAUAAGUUUUAAACGGUUCAGGUGAGGCAAAGCCGUCCUUGUGUUUUUGAAACGGAAUGUUGUUCCUAGUUACACCAUACUCUCAAUUUCCAACAAUAGGUCCUCACUAAAGAAACUCACACUCUAAAGCAGUUUGGCUGUUUGAUCAACACAGAGGCAAAGGAGUCUGGUGAAGGAAUGUUCGAAGUGUGCUUAUCAGGAGGCUUUUGAAGUCAAAGUGUACAGUAACUGUCUUUCCACAACAUAGUAGUAUCCUUAUAUAUCGAACCCUUUUCCUUUCUCAAAGGGAAACAUCUUUAAACAUUACAUGAAGGCAUGGAAGCUCCAUAAGAACGUACAAAAGUACUAUGAAAAUCUUUCUUUUUGGUCAUGGUUCCCACACACUGUUCUCUUAAAAGGUAUGUGUAUCGUUGGAUGGUGUUCCUCAAAAAAACAAUAGUGCCAUCUUUUUUUUGUUGUUUAUUUUUUUACCUUUUUUCCAUGACGGAUGAUGUCCAGGUAACUAAUUGGAAUUGCUUGAUAAGUUAAUGGUACAAAUAGCUAGCUGCUUACCGAGAAGGAGAUUUUUUUUUCUGUGAGCUCAACAGGGAAAUGAAAAUUAGGUUAAAAGUUUGAAUGAAAAAAAAAACUGUGAAAAUUGAAUUACUUAGCAGGCCUUCUCUGUUGCCUAAUGUUUUGGGUCUGUCUUUCAGUGGUGUUAAUGAAGGCAAAAAGAGAACCCAGAAAUGUAAUAUAUCUAGUAAUCCAAUCUGUACUAGUGGCUAAACUGUCACCUAGUGAAUACUUGUUGUAAAGAAUUGCACUGUACAAGUGAAAUCCCAUGGGUUAAAUAAAAAGAUAUAUAUAUCUAUA